AUGUGCAUCCAAACGAGGCCUCGUUAUGCUCUGUUCAUCUUCAGCUUCUUCAUCUUCUUUCUCUCAAUCAAUGUAGUACUCACCCAUGGCUUCCUCUCUUCCAAGAAGCUUGAUGAAUCCACCGGCGGGGACGAUCCCAGCGUCAAGUGUACACCCUGCACCCAUAAUCCGCCACCCCCACCACCCCCACCGAAGAAACCGUCACCGGCCUACUGCCCUCCGCCACCGCCUCCUCCGUCGUCUUUCAUAUACAUACUCGGCCCCCCUGGAAACUUGUAUCCCAUUGACCGGGACUUCGCCGGUGCUGAUCGAAGGAGGGUAGCCGUGGAGUUGUCGGCGGUUGCUCUCUUUGGAUUGAUUGGUUUUCUUGGAGUUUGA